AUGGUAAUCAAUGAUUAUCCAUCGUCCUCUGGUCAGUUUCUUUUUUCUUUUCUAUUUUUCCACAGCCAAAGGUGGAACACUGUUUGAUAAAUGACAAAAAAUAUCGAAAAUGACAAGCGAGAAAAAUUCGCGAAAAAAAGUGAUAAAGUUUUCAUAAGAAGGAGAAUUCUCUUUUGUGAGAUAGGUUCAAAAUACAAAGAUAUUAAUCAAGAAAAACAUUCUUGAGAAAAGAAAAAAAAGAAGAAAGAGAAUGAUAGAUGUUUUUUGCAGGAGCAUCGUCUUCAACAAGUUCACAAUCGAGAUUUGGAAUCGAUUGGGCGAAAUGGUUUCCACCUCUAACAUCUCGCACAUUUUUAUCGCAUUAUUUGCCAGCUUCUGGUGCUGUAUCACAUACACUUUAUACAAUUCAUCUUUUCAGUCCAAACAUCAUCUCUGGGUUAGUUUAUGAGGGGAUUUUUUGGGAACUUGGGAAUGGGGAAUUGAAUUAUGACGUGGCAAAACUUUGGGCCAUUCAUGAUUUCAUAAUUUUUUAUUAAACAGUAUGAAGUCUUGAAAUCUUCUUUAUAAAAAGCAUUAUUUUCACUUUGAAACCUCAAUUUUAUUGCAGUUUGUUCCCAACCGGUGAUCUUGCUGUCAGUAAUACGAUUCUGUUCAAUGCAAAUGUGGGACUCGGUUUCUACGUGUAUUUCAGAAGACAUUUGCACCGUGUCAAUCCAUGGGAAAGAGUCGAAUUCAGUGUUUUAACAUCGACUCUUUUCAACUUUGGAAGUUUGCUUGCCGCUGUUUUGAUCAAAGCCAUUUUCCCAGCAAAGUGAGUGCUUGAGCUUCAAAAAAGGAAUUGUAAAACCAAGUUGAUUUUAGAACACAAACAUGGCUCAAAACAUUGUUUGCAACAUCGCUCAGUGUCUAUCUUUUGUCAAGAGCUUAUCGCUAUAUUGGGCUUUUGGAUGCGAAAAGUUCAAGAUCUUCUGUCUCGCCAGUCAGAAAGUAUGUUUUUUGGAGCUUUUUGGGAAAUUUACUUGAGAAGUAGGUGAAAAUUAUACAGAGGAAACUAUGGAUCUGGAAAUUUCAGACCAUUUUUCCUACUGUAAUAUUUUCAUCAAAUCCUUAAGUGAUUCCAAAAAUCAAAUAUUUUUCGGCGAAGCGCGCAUGAGAUUUUUAUAUGUAAAUUCAAUUCGUGUGUCAUUCUUUAUUUCUCCCCCUUUUAAAUUUAAAUUCCAAUUUUUCUCUCAAAACUUUCUUGACACAUCUAGGCUACAUUUUUCGCCAUCGCCGCCCAACUUCAGAAUACAACUUACGGCUCUAUUUGUAGCCAACUUCGACGCAAAAUCACACCACAACAGCAACACCAAAAACCAUUGGAAAUCUCAACCUCGCCACCAUCAAUUUAUUCGGCUGCAUCUACACGAAGAGAAUCAACACCCCAACCAAUGCUCCUCACACCAACAGCUACCACAAUUUCGGAAUUCGAAGAUGAUUCUCCACCAAACGAAAAAUCCACACAAAAUUAUCGAUAUCUACAUUCAUACGCUCUUAAUAACUUGAAUUCUCAUCAAAAUCAUCGACCAAGUUCAAUUUUGCGAAGAACCACUAUGAAUAGCAAUAAUUUUAAUCCAACAAGAAUCGCAUCACAAACAACACCGACAAAAAUGAGCCAACCAAUCAGUUUUGUGACUCCCGAACCAUCUUUACAAGAUGCCGAAUUUGCUGUAUAUUCACCAUUGACACCAACAAUGACACCAAUCAAAUCAUCAAAGAAACGAGUUAUCGAAAAAGACACGAUGGAUCGAGUUUUGGAUUUUGCACAAAUUCACGGACCACUUCUUCUAAUUCCAUUCGGAUUCACUUGUUUUGUCACUGGAAGUUUGCCAAUGUGGACAACUAUCAGAUUUAUAUUUUUCGAAUAG